CGUGCAAUGACGGGACGUUGUGGUGCUCCCUCAUUGCGUUUGAAGUUCUUAUGAUGGCUUCAAUUGAUCCGGAGGAGGGGAAUAAGGAGGGGCCAGAUUUUUUCAGUUUUUAUGCUCGCGGAGUAGCUGAGUUGCUUGGAGGGGAGGAUGAUUUCCCGCCUUUCGCUGAGGAUGACUCCCCGUCAUCUCCAGGGAAACCGGGAGAAGCCGCAGACAAGGGUGCGGAUGCCUCUGGUUAUGAUGGGAAAAGGGGUGGCGGUUGCUCUACUUCCGGUGUGUUGUUUGCUGAUGCGAUAGCUCCUGGUUUUUCAGAUACAAGGAGAGAGCGACUGAAGUCGUUUCUUAGGCUGGCCACGUUCAACCUCUCUCGUGAAGUCGACAAGAUGCAAGAGCCAGUGUUGAAGCUGCAUCAGUUAGAAACACACUUGAGAAGCAGAAGGCAACAACCCACUUGCUCGGCUACCUCAUCUGAUGGUGAUGUAGUGGAACGUCCCCAUAAAAAGAUAAAUAUAUUUUCUUCCUCUUCCUCAGUGAGCAUUUCUGAACACGAGAGUCGUGAUCGACUUCAACCAAGUGAAAAUGGUUCUGCUGGUAAAAACAACGAAUCUAAAUUUUCUCAAAUGGAUUUGGUAGAAAAGGAUAAAGUUUGUGCUAUUGAGACAAGGUCUGCUCCAUGCGAAAGGCCACAAAUGUCCAAGUCUCUGCACAACAAUUAUAGAUCUAAAAGUGAAGGGGCAACAGCACCUCUUUUGGGUUCAAAUGGGGCAGCCAUUAAAGAUGACGAAGAUGUCAAUGCUGAUAUGCAAUUUUUGCUGGGAAGUGACCAUUCACGUCUUGACCAGAUUCUGAAGAAAUACUCUGAUGAACACUCUAGUGAACUGGAGCAUAUGGGAAAGCAGCUCGAAGAUCUUCUUAAUGCUGUUAUGUCCAAGUUCAGGCCAAUGACCCGUAGAGAAAAGAUACAGCUUCAGAAACUAAUUCAGAACCUACCGCGAGACAAUCUUGUACGAGUGGUGGGAAUUCUCGGACGUAGCGAUAGUUCAAAAACCAAUCUCUGUGAUGAUAUCACCAUCGACCUAGAAAAGGAGGACAACGGAACACUCUGGAGAUUAUACUACUACGUUCGAGCGGUGGAAAAGGCGAGAAAACUUUCAGCCAUUCAAGAUGCGCGAAUCGACUCGAAUGCGAAGGUCUGAGACACCUGCUCUUCCUCGAGUCGGUCCUUCAUCCAAAGAUGCCACUCAUUGCACGUAGUUACAGAGGAAAAAGAGGCUCCUGUGAAUAAUAUUUUUGCCUAGUUGGUUUCUUUUCCUGUUUUUCUGCUUUUACUUGGGAUAGAGAUAGAUGCACGACCGUUGUGCGAUUGAAACGCUAGGGGCCCAAUUAGUGUUAGUCCGUUUCGGGAUGGGAGCUUCCCAUGGAAGCCUCUCCUGGUGUAAAAAAAGCUUUCUUCACGUCGGUGAAUGGGUUGGGUCGAUGGCGAUCCCCCUCUGCACAGUAUUAGAGCCACCAAUUGCAGAGUCUGAUAUAGACUUUUUGACGCGGAAUUACGAAUUACUACUGGGACAAUACUUUCAAUCUUUCGAGUUUGAUUCAAAGGGAUUACUGUAAUUAUAUCAGGUCAUACGUGCAUGAUGCAGCAGGAAGCGCAAUGUCUCUGAGCAUAGUUUUGAAGACUUUAUCUUGAGAUUAGUAAUGCUAGUAAACCGAGCUGUAUAAAUAAAUUGAUGUUUCAAA